UGCUGGCCGAAAGGGGGGUGGGGUGGGGGACUGGGAUCUUCCAUGGCCAUGACUUGGGCCGGUCCAUCUUAGCCCAUAAAGGAUCUUCCUCGUCUUGUUAUCUCUGGUGAAGCUUGAACGGAGACGAAAGUAUCGAUCGGUGGUGGUCGCAUGAUGCAGUGGUUUGGUGCUGUGGCGAGGCGGGUGAUGAUGCCGGGAAGACCGGCGGCGGCGUUGUCACAUGACGGAGCGGCGCCGAUAUUGUGUGGGCGUGGGGACAAGAAGACAAAGAGAGGGAAGAGAUUCAAGGGAUCGUAUGGCAACUCAAGGCCCAAGAAAGAAAAAAAAAUUGAGCGCAUUAAGGAUAAGGUCGAAGUUCCUAGGUCUACUCCUUGGCCUCUUCCAUUCAAGCUUAUCUGAUCCUAAGCUGAUGCACAAACUGCCUUCCUUCGUAGUCUUUAGUUUAGUAGUUUAAGCUCCCGAACUUGAAGGAGUGAAGGGUUUAACUUUCAUACGCUUCCAGCAGCAAACUCUAUUCCUGGCUUUUCAGACGUCAACGGAUUGUCUUCUGUAACUAUAUGCUACUCAUUAAAAACCGGCCCUUUUUGAGCAUUCUUUUGAGACAUCCAGAGGUUUGAAAGUUUAUUGAUUGUCCAUAAAUAUAUUGUUUCGAUAAUUGUAGUAAAGAAAGGUUUAGGAUUCAUGGGCUGUGAUCAAACCCCCAAGAAGUUUCUUUAUUAUCAAGUUGGAUUCUGGCGACUUCAUUCGAAACUACAAGUUGACAGUGUAUGCUGCCACUGGUUCUGUUCAUUUGCUUGUUCUGGUGGAUAGAACUCAAAAGAGCGAUAAUUCUGCUCAUUUAUAGACUCAAUAUGCGUAUUUACUUGAAAGUUUGACAUUGAGCAAUAUUUCCUCACAGCUUUGGCAAUUAUUUUGAAGAGUUGAGUGAGUUAAUCGGAACAGAUAAUAUGUUAUUAGUAUAACCAGUAUUUAACUUAAGUGAGCAUAUGAUUGUUUACAUGACUUAUUUGUUACCUGGUAAUAGAUUUAAAUCAGUUGAAAUCACAGCUUUUGUGGUGUGCACAAUAAUUAUCUGGCAGAGUCGUCGUCUUAUUGUUUUCUAAAUGACUGUUGUAGUGGUUUCUGUUCGUUUACACAUGCUCUCUGGCAUAUGGUGACAUAGUUUGUCAUACCUGCUAGUGUAAUUUUAGUCCUCUUGAAAAAUACAAGCUUUCUCAUCUAUCUUUUGAUAUGAAAAUAACAUAAGCCAGGCAAUUCCAAGUUCUAACGCAACAUUCAAAAGCUGAAGAAAGAUAGACCACAAGGCUAUUUCUGCAAGCAUCGAAACCGGAUCUACUGCCUCGAUGCAACUAAAGACAGCAGAAAGGAUCUGAUGGAGAUAAUGCCCUGUUUGCCUACCUGUAGUUUGUACCAAACAGUAAACAAUCAUACAGAAAUAUGAGCUUUUGGGUUGUCACUUUGUUGAAUGUCAGAUUCUUCUGGGUAUUGUAGCUCCUCUGACAAUCUAAGAAACAGGUCAGCAAUCAUGGGAAACCCCACAGCCAUAAGUAAGAAACCAAAGAGCAUGAUCAGAGCCCCAAUCCGCGAGAUCCAUUGGCUAUAUAAAGUUGGUCUUCUUGAUGCAGUUGCAGCUUCAUAUCCAUAGCGGAUUGUCCAUAGCAGCAAGGCCAUGGCUACCAAAGAGCUGAAAAUUCGCAACAAUAUUGCCUUGGUAAUGGGGUUGGUGUCAAGGAUGAUCUUCCUAAUCUUGGUUCUGCUUAACUGGUAGUGAUAGCCCAUCAUGUUGGUAACAAGCUUAUUGAGAGUUUUUGAGAUUAAAUCAUACAGUCUGCAUCUGAAUUCUCUGCUUGGAGCAUGUUUUUUUGAUUCCAAUGAAACGACAUUUUGAAAGCGGUGUGCACUAACCCUUUCAGAGCUAGGGUAUUUAUGGUGAUGGUGAUGGAGGGGGGGCAAUAUUUGGCUGGGUGGGAUAUUAAUUAUUAAUUAGUAUUAUUGUUAUGAAACAGAGACUGAAGGAGAAUCCAUUGGUGGGGUUUAAAUAAAUAAAUCAUGUUAAAAUACCUCUCAAGUACGGAGGGUUAAGAAAACAAGGAGCAGCAAGUUUUAUAUGUUAGUUGAGUUCUUGCUCAUUCUGUUCUUGAGAGAUAAUUGUUUGGAUUGAUUGGAGAGGACGGAAAUUUCCUACAGGGAAUUGCAACAUAGAAGGUCAUUGGAAAAGACGAUGGAGGUGCAUCCAAUGGAAGUUAACAAGAAGAGCUGUGUGGAGCGGAUAGUCCCAAGAUGUUGAAUGCGCAAAUGACAUUGUUUGUACAUAGGAUAACUUCGUUGGUCUUUUGUUAAACGUGGCUGGCAUGUACAACCUAACUAUAUGAAUCUAUGAUCAUCAUUCUCUAA